AAAACAAGAAAUCCGCCCCCACAAAAAUUUCGUGUCACAUGUCAAAGAAGUUCAAUGGUCGAUAUAAUCUCGGGAAUUGAAACGCACGUUACACUAUAAGCGCCUCCCUCGUCGAGCCUGGCAGUGAUACAUCCGAUCACGGCGGGUGUUUUUAGUCGUGUUUAAUGAAAAUAUUGACAGAUUUUGAGCAUCAUGUAAUAAGACAUUGUGGAGCUCAGGAGGAAAUAUCUAUAUUGAUUGAAUAUUGGUUAUGAGGUCCAUCUUGUUCCAAUUAGCCGUGGAAAAAAAGGGAAAGAUGUGGGCAACAGCACUAUCAGACAUCUUCUUCCUCCCGGUCCUCCUCCUGGUAUCAAUCCCACUCGCCCUGUCCGCUUCUAUCACCACAGCUCUAGCCUUGAUUACACUCUUUAUUCGCGCCCUAGUCGUAUAUUUUGAACUGAGCAUUGCUUUACUCGCAAACUUUUUCCUGUUUCCGGCGCAUUCACCGGCAACGGGUUCGCUUCUUGCUCUUACAGAAGGGACUACGCCAGGUAUCGAGCGGACGGCCAGAACACCAAAGUAUAGUAGUCAUAUCGGCGCACAGCAAACGGGAUUCACAAAAUCGCGAAGGGGGUCAUUAUCGUCAAAAGACGGGGUCGCAGAAGAUUACUUCUCUCAUCAUAAUCAUUCGCAACACGGCUAUGCUCCUAUACACUCACCUCACGAGGCGCUUUCCAGUUUCAUCUCUAAUAAUGCCGAACGCGACUUUGAAGGCGUGGGUGGCUGGCGGACACCUCUUACACGAAGAAAACAUCAUCAAACAUCAUCCGUGCCGUCCCUGAGUCGCAAGAAUAGUAGUGAAGAAGAGUUGUUACUUGAUAAUAAUGAUGAUGAGGUUUGGCUGUCGAUCAAUAAGCGUUUAGAACUGCCUUCUAGACGUUCGGCUUGGAAGACUCAUUCCUUAGUUUGAGUGUGGUUAGCUAGCGAAAGUCGCAACUUGGCUAUUUGUUUCACU